AAGGCCCGGCGCGAGAUGAACACCAGGUCGUUGUCGCCCAUCUCCAGCCGGCGGAGGCUGCGCAGGUCCUGGAAGGUGUAGUCCAGGAGGAUGACCAGCUUGUUCUCGCUCAGGUCCAGCAGCGUGAGGUUGUCCAGGCCCGGCUCGGCAAAGACCCAGGCUGUAGAUUCUCAUCUGCUAAACAGCGGUGUGGCCAGCUCCAGCCUUCCUGGGCCCUUUCGGGAAUUUUAAGUGAGCAUUAACACACACAGAGCCCUGAGUAACUUAAUGCCAGAGGUGAACCAUACGUCACUGGGGGGAGAGUUUGUAUUUUGCAGGGGUCAUCAAUUUAAGAUGAGGUCAUACUGGAGCAGGGUGGGCCCUGAUCCAAUGACUGGUGUCCUUAUAAAAGGGGAAAUUUUGAUGCAGACACUCAGGGAAGGUGGCCACGUGACAACAAAGGCAGAGACUGGAGUGAUGCAUCUAUAGGCCAAGGGACACCAAAGAGUGCCAGUAACCAUCAGAACCUGGAAAAAGCAGGCAAGGAUCCACGCCUAGAAUCUCUGGAGGAAGCACAGCCCUGCUGACACCUUGAUUUUGAACGUCUGGCCUCCAGAACAGAGAGAAGAACUUUCUGUUGUUUUAAGCCACCAUGUUUGUGGUAUUUCAUCGUGGCAGCUACAAGACCUGACGGAAUAUCCACGGAUCCGUAAGAAAAACUCACACGUGGGAGCAGGGUGAACAAGGAGGUUUGCUGCAGGGUCGUUUGGAACAGCAAAAACUGGGACUCACCUAGAUAUCCAUCAAUAGGGGAUCAGAGGCAGGAGAGGGUCCUGGCAGUUCAUUCAGCUAGAAUUCAAAAUAUGGCUCUGUUUUUGCUGGACCUGUUUUCAUCGUCACCUGCAGAGAUCCUGUAACACUGGUCUCCUCUCAUUCGUUGAUUCCGUCCAUCAGUCAGUCAACAAACAUCUACUGUGCCAGGCAUUUUCCACGUGCUGAGGACACACCGUGCAUGAGACAAAGGGGUCAGCUUUCUUGGAGCCCACGGAUAAUAAAAGAGGUGGCCUGUGAGUACGGCAUGGUACACGUGGUGUCCGAGACUGGGGGCUCCAAAGGCAAAGACUACUGCAUCCUCUACAACCCGCAGUGGGCCCACCUGCCGCUCGACCUCAGCAAAGCAUCUCUUCUGCAGGUGCGGGACUGGACGACCUCCGUGCUCUGCUCUCCGGCCGACCUCCCUGCCAAAGGCUUCAGUAACCAGAUCCCCCUGGUGGCGCGGGGGAACUGCACCUUCUACGAGAAAGUGCGGCUGGCCCAGGGCAGCGGGGCGCGCGGGCUGCUCAUCAUCAGCAAGGAGACGCUGGUCCCCCCAGGAGGCAACAAGACGCAGUACGACGAGAUCGGCAUUCCCGUGGCCCUGCUCAGCUACAAAGACAUGCUGGACAUUUUCGAGACUUUCGGCCGGGUGGUACGGGCAGCACUGUACGCCCCCAAGGAGCCCAUGCUGGACUAUAACAUGGUCAUCAUCUUCAUCAUGGCUGUGGGCACCGUUGCCCUCGGGGGCUACUGGGCCGGGAGCCGGGACGUGAGGAAGAGGUACAUGAAACACAAGCGGGACGACGGGCCCGAGAAGCACGAGGACGAGGCUGUGGACGUGACGCCCGUCAUGAUCUGCGUGUUUGUGGUCAUGUGCUGCUCCAUGCUGGUGCUGCUCUACCACUUCUACGACCAGCUCGUCUACGUCAUCAUCGGCAUCUUCUGCCUGGCCUCCUCCACGGGCCUCUACAGCUGCCUGUCGCCGCUCCUCCAGAGGCUGCCGUUCUGCAGAUGCAGGGUCCCUGACAACAGCCUGCCCUACUUCCACAAGCGCCCUCAGGUCCGCAUGCUGCUCCUGGCGCUGCUGUGCGUGGCCGUCAGUGUGGUGUGGGGCGUCUUCCGGAACGAGGACCAGUGGGCUUGGAUCCUUCAGGACGCGCUGGGCAUUGCCUUCUGCCUCUACACCUUGAAAACCAUCCGCCUCCCCACGUUCAAGGCCUGCACGCUGCUGCUGCUGGUGCUGUUCAUCUACGACGUGUUCUUCGUGUUCAUCACGCCCUUCCUGACCAAGAGUGGGAACAGCAUCAUGGUGGAGGUGGCAACCGGGCCGUCAGACUCGGCCACCCACGAGAAGCUCCCCAUGGUGCUGAAGGUGCCCAGACUCAACGCCUCGCCGCUGGCCCUGUGUGACCGGCCCUUCUCCCUCCUGGGCUUCGGGGACAUCCUGGUCCCAGGGCUGCUCGUGGCCUACUGCCACCGCUUCGACAUCCAGGUGCAGUCCUCCAGGGUCUACUUCGUGGCCUGCACCAUCGAAGGACCUACCUCAGUCGCCGUGGGCGCCAGCCUCUGCCGACGGCCCGCAGCCCCAGGCGGACUCCGACGCAGCCCCCUCCCAGCAGCCUCCCGGCCAAGAAGCGGCCCCGUCCCCUCCGCCCGCGGAGCAGCCCCCAGAGUCGUCCGCGCCCGAGGAGAGCGGGGCCGGCGCGCCCCCCCAGAAGCCCGAGAGUCCGGCAGGCCUCGCCCCCGGCCCCUCGGCCUAGGGGAGGGCGCAGACUCGGCCCCCGCGCCCAGGGACUGGACCCGCGCGGCCCCCAACUUGGUGCUCUGGCCUGGCCGAUGCGCACGUCCUGCUCCAGCCCGGCCACACCCCGGACCCCAGCCCUGCUCCGAGCUCGCGUGGCUGCCAAGCCCCCGGCCGGCUGAGGCCAACCCCGCGCGCGCCCCGCUUCCUGCGGCGGUGGUGCCCCGGGAAGGGCGGGGCCGUCACUUCCGCCGUUGGCCGCGGACACGCCCAGUUUGGUGCUUGCCCUGCUGCUGCUUCCCUUCGGGUCCGGGCCGGGAGAGGGCGGGUCUCUGGCUCCUGGUGGAGGGGCGCCUUUGCUCAGCAGGGCCCCCAGGGGUUUGGACUGGACGCCACCGCAGCCUUGGGGGCCCGUGGUGAGCGCCGAGCCCUGCGCCCGGCCCUUCCAUCGCCCGGAAGCGCCCAGCGCCUGUGGUCCAGCUCCUCCAAGUUUGAAUAAACGGCCACGACUUUUUGAAAUUCUGGUAGUGUCGCCUCUUGGGGUGCGAGCCCUUCGGACUGCCUCUCUCGGGGGCGGGGCUGGUGCCAGGCCGGUGGCCCCAUCUUGCCUUUCAGCUCAAGGGAACUCGGCUCCCACCCUCGCCACAGGCACCCGCACGCUCUCAGCACCCUAUCCAGUGCACGCACCUCGGCCUCCAACUCCAGCACGGGGGACGGGGAGCUUGUGGAAUGCGGGAGGAUAUUCUGGAACUGGCGUUAUGUCUUCUACCUCACGGACAGGGUUCUCUGAACCUCACGACGGAGAUGCCGCCGGCCCCCGUGUCACCACCUGGCGACAGAGCCGGCGCCCGGACAGGCACCCGGGGCUGCUGAUCGCCAGGGCCCCGGCCCGCUCCCCCCCCCCAACACCCCGUCCGCGCCGCACGCCGGCUCUGUGUCCCUCUGCGCGCUGCUGCGCUGCACACAGCAGGCGGGGGCGACCACGGUCCAUUCCACACAAUACCAGCGCCAGCCAGACUCACAGCCUCUCAGCCACGCCUCUCGAGGAAGAAACGAUGUUUAUUCCUAAAAAAAAACAGACGGCGUCUCCCACCUGCUUCUGUGUGUUUCUCAAAAGAACAGGUGAUCCGGUGGGAGGGCGGGGCUGGAGCAGCUGGACCUGCCCAGCCCCACGGGAGCCCCUGGCCUUAGAGGCCGGGACCAGGGCGCAGCCACGGGGCAGCCUUGGGGGAAGGCCCGAGCGGACCUCCGCCCUCCCUCUAGGGACUGCGCCUUCCUCUAAGCCAUUUUGUACGUCGGUAAAGAGCGCGGAAUCUCUUUUUUCUGUUUUGUUGGUUUGACAAACGUCAAAGAAAUCAAAGGAGGAUGUUAGUUCCUGAAGUUUCAGUUUGCAGUUUUUGCCUUGCUUCUGUUUGAAUCUUAUAAUUAAACACAGCUUUUGAUACUUA